CUUGCUGGCAGCGAGGUCAAUGGGCAGUCGGAUGAAAAUGUAUCGCCAGCAGAAUCAUCACGAAAAAAAAAAGAUUCAAAAACAGCUGACACACAAAUCAAAAAACAUCAUGGUAAUAGGCCAAUUCUACCAAAUGACCAGCAUGACGAUUGUUUGGUAAGCUGUGCUCCUCUUCGUACAAAAUUGUUCAUGGCCACUUAUAGAAUUUUUCCGCUGGGCGCCGUUAAUGGGUCUUUUUAUGGCAGCGACUGGAAUAAAGAAUUUUGA